CUAUUAACGUGCAAUAAAACCGCAUUGGGAAUUGGGGGAUAAACCUUCAAUGUCUUUAAUUGCCUUUAUUGUUCCAAUACCGCAUUUUUAUGGAGUGGGGAAUGUUUUUCCACACCGUAAUUUUAGAAAAUAGCGAGAAAUUCUUCACUAAACGCACGCUUCACUACGCACCGCUUUAGUACCUUGCCUUCUGCUUUUAACGUUUAACGAACGCACAUGUGUUAGUAGUUCCGAGUUCACAGUUCACUGCUGAGCAGAAGUUGACUCAAUGCCAGCUGUCAUUACACAAACAUUUUUUUAAUUUUUGUUAACAUGCCGUAAUUUCACACAGUCAAAUUAUAGUCAAGUUAAAAAUUGUCUGUGCCCGUUAAGGAGUACCUAAUUCAUUGUGAUAAAUUUUGUGAUUCUGUUUUUAGUUAGGUAUGUGCAACUAGGCAUUGAAAUAAAUAAAGAUGCCUAAAAUGUCAUAUACACCUAGUGACAGUGGUCAAGGUAGCUCGAACCAUUCCAAUCCUGACUUAAAUACGGGCGAUGGUCGACCCAUUGGCUCGAUGCCUAGCGAAACAACAUUGCUAAGUCCCGUAAACACAUAUUUUUCUGAUGCAAAAAUUAAAAUUCCGGAAACAUCACAUCAAGGUUUCAGUUUCAAAAAGCUAUGGGCUUUUACAGGGCCCGGCUUCCUGAUGUCCAUAGCCUAUUUGGAUCCGGGAAAUAUAGAAAGUGACUUGCAGAGCGGUACUAUAGCCGAAUAUAGGCUGUUAUGGGUUCUGUUGAGUGCGACGAUUCUGGGCCUUCUUAUGCAAAGGCUAUCUGCUCGACUUGGUGUUGUAACUGGGUUGCAUUUAGCAGAAAUGUGUUACAGGCAAUACAGAAAAGUUCCACGUCUACUUUUGUGGAUCAUGAUAGAAGUAGCUAUUAUAGGGAGCGAUAUGCAGGAAGUUAUCGGGACAGCUAUAGCUAUAUACCUUCUAUCUAACAGAGUAAUACCAAUUUGGGGUGGAGUAUUAAUAACGAUUAUCGACACCUUCACUUUCCUAUUUCUUGACAAAUACGGUCUUCGAAAACUAGAAACCUUCUUCGGUUUACUCAUCACCAUCAUGGGUGUCACCUUCGGUUUCGAAUACGCCACCUCAAAACCCAACGCCGUAGGCGUACUAGAAGGAAUGUUCAUACCCUGGUGCAAAAAUUGCGAUUCGAGGGCUCUUCUGCAAGCCGUGGGAAUUGUCGGUGCUGUUAUAAUGCCUCAUAACCUGUAUCUGCAUUCGGCUUUGGUAAAGUCGAGGGAUAUCGAUAGAACAAAGAAGGAAAAAGUUAGCGAUGCCAACAUGUAUUUCUUUGUGGAGGCAGCUAUAGCCCUUUUAGUCAGUUUUGUGAUAAAUGUUUUCGUGGUAGCUGUUUUUGCCCAUGGGCUAUUCCAAACGACAAAUCAGGAAGUGCAUGAUUUGUGCCUCAAACAUCCUUCUCUCAAUGCCUCAAUUUUUCCGGAAAAUAACAAGUAUGUCGAUGCCGAUUUGUACAAAGGAGGAAUUUUCUUGGGAUGCACUUAUGGUUUGGCAGCUAUGUACAUUUGGGCAGUUGGUAUAUUGGCCGCUGGACAAAGUUCCACAAUGACAGGUACUUACGCUGGUCAGUUCGCUAUGGAAGGCUUCCUAAACCUGCAGUGGGCCCGAUGGAAGAGAGUUUUAUUCACCAGGACAAUAGCUAUUAUUCCCACUUUCUUUCUAGCUUUCUUCAGCCACCUCGAAGACCUGACCAACAUGAACGAUAUCCUGAACGCCAUAAUGAGCCUGCAGUUACCGUUUGCUACUAUACCGACGAUCGCCUUCACCAGCAACCCGCAGAUAAUGGGCGAAUUCGUAAACGGAUUGGGGAACAAGGUAGCGUCUAUACUUCUAAGUAUAGUCGUGAUAGCGAUAAAUACCUAUUUCGUCGUCAAUACAGUAAACGAGUUGGAAUUGCAUUGGUUUCCGCUUCUCGUGGUGAUACUAGUCGGUAUCUUGUACUUACUUUUCUGCGCGUACUUGGUCGUUCACAUGGCCAUCUCGAUGGGUAACACUCGAUUGUUGAGAUACGGGUUCGUCAAUAAGUACGUGAUGGGCCCGAUCGAUUCGGCUUUGGACAUAAGUCCUAUUAGUUACGCAAGUGACGAGUCUGCCUGAUACUGAGGUAUCAGAAUUACCGUUUCGUCAAAAGUAUGUUAGGUCCCAGUCUGAGUGGACCCUAGGAAACUCGUCAGCUAUAGAGGUAGCCAAAUUUUGAUAUGAAAACGCUAAUAAUAAAUUUUUAUGAUUUUGUGCCUUAAUAUAUUUUAAUAGGAGUGUCAAGUGUGUAAUAUUUUAUCUUUGAAUGAUGACUAUGUGUACUUUCAUCUAUUUGUUUUCUUUUUAUAUAUUCUAUUGUGAAAUUUUAAUUGAUGAAAAGAGUGAUUCUAAAUACACGAAAGAAAUAUCAGUGAUUAUUAUGAAUUGGUAUGAAUGAUAUAAUGUAAAUGUUACAAAAUUUACCAGGAAAGGAAACAUUUUGAAAUUUAUUAAUUACUGGGCGUGAUUUUAUUGUUGGAAAGU